GAAAUAUAACGAGGUAGAUAAAUAUUAGUUCAUUGAAGAUAAAUAAAGCUUAGUAUGUUCUUUAUUUCCAACGUUCUCUUAACAUUGCCAUAGCCAUAGCUAUUAAUUUCAAUUGCGGAUUGCAAAAGUCGCCUCGUGUAUACCUACGUACACAGUUCGCAGUCUAUUUAAUGUACAUCUGUUCGUGAUAAGCCACCAAGGAUAUUCAAGAUGAACAAGCUUUGGAAAGCCGGGCCCGAGACACAUGAUGAUAGUCCGCGGGAUUCGCUGGACCUGGAGGGACAUGAUAGAGAAGAGACAACGAAUGCGCCGAACGAACAUACUCGCCUGUUACCAAACCGGGUUGAGAGCACGAAUUACUUGAGUCCAGAUGACCCAGCGGUUUCGCCGUAUAAUCUCUGGAGUGUGCGAGUCGUCAGAUACCUUACCAUCCUCUUCACGAUACUCACCUUCGUAUGGUGGACAAUAUUACUGAUUUCGGCUUUCGUUACGCCACCCGGAUUCCAUACACGAGGCUCAGGCUUCUUCUCCUUCAGCUAUACUAGUCUGGCGCUUGCGAACCUACUUUUCACGCUUAUAUUCUUCGCCAUCCCCUCGAAGGCUGUCCAGAUACUGAGUAUUAUUAUGGGCGGCCUACUGUUGGUGGAUGCUGUCUUGUUGAUCUCAGUCGAGAAGACAAGACAUGAAGAAGGUUGGGUGGGAAUGGUUAGCGUCCUAUGGGCGCUUUUGAUGGCUGUAUGGACUCUACUUACUGAUCGCCUAGUCGCAUGGGGAAAGUCCGAGGAAGAAGAGCGGCUCACCGGUCGAGCUGAGACACGUCGUACAUUGGGCCAGUGGACUGCCGUUUUGAUAUCUACAAUCUCAAUGGUUCUACUUGCUCUCGCCGUUUUGCUAACAUUUUGUACUUUAAUUCUUCGUGCCCUCGAUGCCGGGUUGGCGCCGCCAGGCAAGCUGUACUGGGUAGACGGAGACAAAUAUACCAUCCACGUCUAUUGCCAUGGUAAUCACACAGAUUCGAAGGGGACAAGACUACCUACGGUAUUGUUUGAGGGUGGAGAGGGUACGGUGGAGGACGGUCUUUGGCAAUUUGCCAAUACCGCCAUUCAAAACGGUUCGAUUAGUCGAUACUGCUUCGUUGAUCGCCCUGGACUUGCCUGGAGUGAUACUGCACCAUCCCCCUUAUCUGCUGGGAUGGCGGUCGAGGCUGUAAGCGAAGCCUUGACAAGGGCCGGAGAAGUUGGCCCAUGGGUCCUUGCGAGUGCCGGCAUUGGCUCCAUUUAUUCACGAAUUCUCUCUGCUCGCUAUAGCACAGACGUAAAGGGCAUCGUCCUCAUUGACCCGCUUCAUGAGGAUUACCUUGAUGAUGUUGGAUCACCAGGACGAGGUCUCUUGCUCUGGAUCCGAGGUAUCAUCUCUCCCCUCGGUCUUGAUCGCAUUCCAGGUUCACUCUUAAAGGGACGAACUAAAGAAGAUCGAGUGUGGGGCAAAUCUGCAUACCAGACUGGGAAGUUCUUAUUCGCAAAGUUACAAGAGAACCUAGUAGCCGACACAUUGUCGAAACGGGAUUUAGCCAGCAGCACAGCUAUUCAGAACCCGGAUGUUCCGCUGAAUCUAAUCAGUUCCGGAGUAAAGAUACGGGAAGAUAGUGGCUGGGAAGAAAAGCAAAGGGAUCUUAGCCACCUAACACGCAAAUUACAGCAUUGGGACAUCGUGAACGAGGCGCCACAUCAAGUCUGGGACACACAUGAGGGGCGUGAUAUCAUCGAAAAAAGACUCCGGGAACUGGUAUAUGCUGCAUAGAUUGAUGCAAAAAUUCGCUGGAAGGUUCAAUGUAUUCUUAAUUUGGGUUAACUUGUCUUUAUGAAGAGCGUAGCGCAUUAUAUUUCCAAUAUCUUUUUCCUGGGGAGCUGAAGAUUUCUGGAUGAGACGGCAAUUGAUAGGAUAACGGAGGUCCGAAAUUGAAACCCUCUGAAGACAAUCCCCAGUAUUUAUUUAGCCAAUAGAAGCGUAUUCCGACAAAUAAACUAUUUAGUACCAGG